AUUCAUCCUCCUCUCGCUUCUUUCUCUCCACUCUCAAUAUCAACGUUAACCAACAAAAGAAUAAAAUCUUCUCUACUUCUUCCUCCUCCAACGAAUAUCGGAUGACGACGCAUCUCAAAAAAAGACCCAGGUUAGAGAACCUCUCGGUCAACCACUUAGACGAGUUGCCCGACGAUCUCGUCAUCUCUAUCCUCCGCAAACUCAGUUCCUCAGCUUCUUCUCCCGCUGAUUUCCUCAACAUUCUCGUCACAUGCAAGAGACUGAAUCGAUUGGGUUUACAUCCUCUGGUUUUAUCCAGAGUCGGAACUCAAACCCUAGCCGUUACGGCCGAGAAAUGGUCUGUCUCCUCUCACAGAUUCCUCAAACUCUGUGUUAAUGCCGGAAACGUUGACGCUUGCUACACUCUCGGAAUGAUCCGAUUUUACUGUCUUAAAAACCCAGUGAGCGGCGCAUCUUUAAUGGCUAGAGCGGCGAUUAAGUCUCACGCUCAGGCGCUUUACUCGUUGUCGGUGAUACAGUUUAACGGGAGCGGUGGUAACAAAUCCGACAAGAAUCUCCGCGCAGGGGUCGCUCUCUGCGCGCGUUCUGCUUACCUUGGCCACGUCGAUGCGCUUCGAGAGCUCGGUCACUGCCUACAAGACGGCUACGGCGUUUCUCGUGACGUAGCCGAAGGUCGUCGGCUUUUGAUUCAAGCCAACGCGAGGGAGCUCGCGGGUUAUCUCUCUCUCAAGCCUGGAACCGAUCUCAACGGCGGCUGUUUACCGGUUCAGGAGAUUCAUCCAGUAAACCGGUUUUUGAAGGAUUGGUUUGAUUCGGGUCGGGUUGUUUUAGCGGAGGAGUUGAGGAUGUGUUCUCAUGGCGGUUGCGGAAGGCCGGAGACUAGGUCGCAUGAGUUCCGGCGAUGUUCGGUCUGUGGGAAAGUGAAUUAUUGUUCGAGAGGAUGUCAGGCGUUAGAUUGGAGAGCUAAGCAUAAGAUGGAGUGUGCCCCUUUAGAUCUCUGGGUUCCGGCGGCAAUCGAAGUUGGUGACGUUGAUGCUGUGGAUGUUGAGAAUCAUGCUCCUCGAUAACUGCUCUCCUCAUUUUUAGUUUUCUAAUGUUGAAUCAGAAAAUGUCUAAUUUGCCAACAGCCUGUCUCUGUAACCUUUUGAAUUUGUUUUGGGUUAUUAAUUCGAUCAGCUUUUCAUUUUUUGUUCAUCUUAACUACUAAUGCAGCAUAAUCUUUUAUAGAUAAUUAUUAAUUUAUAUCUUAUUAAUCCAAAAUUAG